ACUAAAAACAGUCUAGAACAUUACGGUGCAUUCGCGUGUUUUCCAGUGUGUAGUGAUGUCACUACACGCCGCCCAUGCCUUGUUGAUUUGACUGUUCAAUGAUGACAGAGGGCUCUGUGUGUGGUGAUUGUUCGAAAGAUCACGAACAUUUUAGGAGGCAGACAUUUAAAAGCAAAGCUAAUAAUUAUUAGGAUCGUGCCCAGGUACGGUCUGGCCAGGGCUAGCCGUUAGCAACAGGGCAGAACUGAAGGUGCUCCAACCCAGUGGACAGUGGCUACCUUCAGCUGGCAUCGAAUCCAGGUGGCGGUGGUGGGGGCUCAGGGCAAUGCUGUGCUGGGGGAACGCCUCCUAUGGCCAGCUGGGUCUGGGUGGCAUUGAGGAGGAGAUAGUGGUUGAGCCACGCGGCUGCGACUUCUUUGCGGGCAAGCGGUUGCGCGGCGUGGGCUGUGGUCGCCGACACACGUCCUUCCUGCUGGACGACGGCACGGUGUACACCUGUGGCUGCAAUGACCUCGGUCAGCUGGGCCACGAGAAGCCCCGCAAGAAACCAGAACAGGUCGUGGCCCUAGAUGCUCAGAUCAUUGUGGUCAUAUCAUGCGGGGAGGCCCACACUCUCGCCCUCAACGACAAGGGACAGGUCUUUGCCUGGGGACUGGCAUCUGACGGCCAACUGGGCUUUGUCAACUCUGAAGAAUGUGUCCGUGUGCCAAGAAACAUCAAGAGUUUAUCAGAUGUCUGCAUCACACAGGUGGCAUGUGGAUAUCGUCAUUCUCUCGCUCUUUCCAAAGGAGGCCAGGUCUUCUCCUGGGGCCAGAACAAGUACGGGCAGCUGGGCCUGGGAAUGGUGGGGGCGUCCGUCUCGUCCCCCCAGGUCAUCCAGUCCCUGCUGGGGAUCCCCUUCUCCCAGAUUGCUGCAGGAGGGGCGCAUAGUUUCGCCCUCACAUUCUCCGGGGGCGUAUUCGGAUGGGGCCGCAACAAGUUCGGUCAACUCGGACUGAAUGACAGUAAUGACCGGUAUUUUCCAGUUCUCUUAAAGACACUGCGGUCCCAGAGAGUUGUGUACAUCUGCUGUGGAGAGGACCACACUGCCGCACUUACAAAGGAGGGAGGAGUGUUCACGUUUGGAGCAGGAGGGUAUGGGCAGCUAGGCCACAACAGCACUAACCACGAGAUCAAUCCCCGCAAGGUGUUCGAGCUCAUGGGAAACAUAGUCACUCAAAUCGCCUGUGGCAGGCAGCACACACUCGCCUUCAUCUCCACCUCAGGGAAGAUCAACUCCUUCGGGCUGGGCGGCAAUGGCCAGCUGGGCACACGCUCCACCUGCAACAGGAAGAGCCCCGCACUGGUCAAGGGCCCCUGGAGGGCCCUCAACAGCUCGGAGCCGGACGACAUGCCCUCCGACUCCGAGCAGGGCUACUACGUGAGGCGAAUCUUUGCCGGAGGGGACCAGAGUUUUGCCCACUUUAGUACAGACCAGGUGCGUCCCUGGUGGAGAGCGCAUGACAAUCAGAAUGAACUAGCCCCUGACGAUUUCCGAGUGCCUGAUCCUCGAGGUCACAUCCACACGCUGAAUGCUGACCUCAUUCAGAAGUGGCUGAGUCAUGCCCAUGGACGACUGCCGCCCGAAAUCUCAAAUGAGAUUGAUGUUGUGUUCUCCUCAGCGAGUUGCCUCAAUGGGAGCUUCUUGUCAACAAGUCACCCAGACCACUACAACACCAGCAGCAAGUGCUCAGGGGUGGAUAUGAACACUGCUCGCAUACUUUUGCACAGAGUGAUCCAACCAGACUAUCCACAGAUCUCACAGUUGGUGUGUGUGAGUCUGGAGAAGAGCCUACUCCCCAGACUCAUGUCCUCUCCCCCAGACAUCGAGGCCCUGCGUCUGUACCUCACGCUGCCCGAGUGCCCACUGCUCCACAACCCCAGCAACUACACCUCGCUCACCAUUCCCCUGGCUAGUGGCACUGUCGGCCUGAAGGAGGCCGCCCACACGGUUCUCUGUAACUGGUGGUCGCGGCUGGAGCCCCCCAUGUUCCAACGCAGGGUGGAGCUUUAUAAGGAGGUGGUGCUGUACCUGCUGCGCAUGCAGAAGGUGGGGGUGCCACCGUCCGAGCUGAAGAUGCUCACCUGCUUCCUGCACCAUUCGCUCAAGCUCCUAGGCCUUCUGCACGCCGUCAACGAGGCAGCUGGACAAAUCAUCCAGUACGACAAGUUCUACAUCCACGAACUGGACGAGCUCAUCGACAUCCGAAACGACUACAUCAACUGGAUCCAGCAACAGGUCUACUCCUCUCAUGGAGACAGCUUCCCCGUGACAAUGUGCAAAUACCCAUUUGUGUUUGACGCUCAGGCAAAGACCACACUCUUGCAGACAGACGCUGUCAUCCAAAUGCAGAUAGCCGUAGACCAGGCUCAGCGGCAGAACUUCAGCUCACUCUUCCUCCCCGUGGUGGAGUCGGUGAACCCCUGUCUCAUCCUCAUCGUGCGGCGCGAGAACAUCGUGGGCGACACCAUGGAGGUUUUGCGCAAGUCCAAAAACGUGGACUACAAAAAGCCCCUCAAGGUAAUCUUUGUAGGGGAGGAGGCAGUGGAUGCUGGAGGUGUGAGGAAGGAGUUCUUCCUCCUCAUCAUGAGAGAGCUGCUUGACCCCAAGUACGGAAUGUUCCGCUACCACGAGGAAUCCCGUCUCAUCUGGUUUGCCAACAAGACGUUUGAGGACAUCGACCUGUUCCACCUGAUUGGGGCUAUCUGUGGCCUGGCCAUUUAUAACCUGACCAUCGUGGAGCUGAACUUCCCCCUGGUGCUCUACAAGAAGCUCCUUCAGAGGGCCCCCACCCUGGACGACCUGAAGGAGAUGAUGCCCGACGUGGGCAGGAGUCUGCAGCAGCUGCUGGAUUACACCGAGGACGACAUCGAAGACACCUUCUGUCUCAACUUCACAGUCACAGAGGACAACUAUGGAGCGACAGAGGUGUUGGAGUUAAUCCCUAAUGGGGCUGACAUAAAUGUGAAGAAGUCCAACAGGCAGGAGUUUGUGAACGCGUAUGUGGAUUACAUCUUCAACAAGUCUGUGGCGCCACUGUUUGAAGCCUUUGCUGCUGGAUUCCACAAAGUGUGUGGUGGCAAAGUGCUGCUUCUCUUCCAGCCCAGCGAGCUUCAGGCCAUGGUCAUCGGGAACACUAACUACGACUGGAAAGAGCUAGAGAAGAAUACAGAGUAUAAAGGGGAGUACUGGGCCGAUCAUCCCACCAUCAAGGCUUUCUGGGAAGUUUUUCACGAACUGCCUUUGGAGAAGAAGAAGCAAUUUCUCUUGUUCCUCACAGGAAGUGACCGCAUCCCCAUCCUGGGCAUGAGGAGCCUGAAGCUGGUGAUCCAGCCCACGGGCGGGGGCGAGCAGUACCUGCCGGUGGCACACACCUGCUUCAACCUGCUGGACCUGCCCAAGUACAACAGCGCCGCCAUACUGCGCAGCAAACUGCUGGAGGCCAUCGAGCACAACCAGGGCUUCAACUUGGCCUGAGUGACCCGCAUGGGAGCCCCUCGUCCCCAGCCACCGAACACGGGGUCAGGCCCGGUAUAGAGCCUGAGCUUUUUUUACCUCAUGCAGUGUAGAGCCUAAUUGGAGGGAUGGAAUGGUGGAUGUAAUAGAUGGAAGACCACUGGACGUAAUCUGCAGAACAAACAAACACUCUUGUUUUUUGUUUUUUUCUUUUAUUGGGGAGUGAUCAAACCGUAGUCUGUCACUGGACAACACUACAGCACUGUUCUGUGGAUACAUGACUGGGAACAUAUAGUCUUGCCUCUGUAAAUGGAAUUAUGGAACCGCAUCAAAGUUUUGUUAGGGUCUUCAGUAUUAUAGGUUGUUCUUAAUCCUUUUGAUUGACUUUAAGUUAAUAUUUGGGAGUUGGCACAGUUGAAUAGAGUGAAUGCAUACUGAUCUUGUCACAUCUUUUCACACUGAUGGUACUUUUUGUUAGUUGUUGUGCAUUAAGGAACCCAAAGCACCCGCAAACGUAGCUAAGCAUCCAUUUCUGUGGCCUGUUUUUAAGCCGUUCAUCUUGGUGUCAUUUCAUCAUUUCAACACCAGUCGUCUCAUUUGGGACAUUCUUGAUGAAGCCCUGCUUGUUCCACAUAGUGUUAGGUCACAUCAGACGUGUCGACCAAUCAGAACGAGAAGACAUCUCCAGAGUGUCGUGGUGGUGGAUGGACACUAAACCAAUUCACACAAUUACACACGUCAUGUCUGCUGGCCAUAUCAUUCUCUGCAUUCAUGGAGCACAUGCUGGCUUCGCGAGAGAGAAUCACAGCACUGACGAAUGAGUGAAAGUGACUCCCACUGCAGUGGCCACAUAUCGGCGAAAAGAUGUGUGUUCUCCCUAAAGCUGAGUUGUUGCAUUUGGCUGUAAGCCUUAAGCUAGCUACAAAUAAAUACCUUUGCAGCCGUG